UACAGUUAAUAACAACAGAGCCGGAUCUGGGAGAAAGGAGGCGAGACAGCGCCGGUACGUCCCGCUCGGCCCCUGCCUGCCCGUGUGAUGGCUGUCCGGUGUGGGAUGUAGACUCCUGCGGCGGGACUGACGAGGAUGGGCGCAGUGUCCUGGUGCCUGAGGAGAUGUCUUUGGGUCGGCUCCUACGGCGUGCCUCCUCCAAGGCCUCCGACCUCCUGACCUUUAACCCCGGGGCGGGGGGCUCAUCGUUACGCUCGGGACUGGAUGGCGAGAUUAUCUUCUCCAAAAAUAAUGUUUGCGUGCACCCCGCGGAGCCCCUGCCUGGCCUGGCUGAGCACCACCCAGGCUACCUCUGUGUCCACGUGGAGAAGGAUGAGAGCCUGGGCACCACUCUUAUCCUGACCUGGGUCCCCAACUCCCGCAUCCAGAGGCAGGAUGAAGAGGCGCUGCGAUACAUCACUCCGGAGAGCUCGCCUGUACGCAGGAACGCCCGCCGCAGAGGCAGACGACCUCACUCCCGUCCCCCAGCAGCCCAGGAGGAAGACGAGGAUGAGGAGAGGAACAUUACAAGCAGCACCUCCACAGAGAGCCACAGCCUGGUGGUCGAGGCUGGAGCCGAUCCGUCCUCACACCAGCAGCAGCUGCCCUCAGCUGGGGAGGAAGGCGACGAGGGCUCCUGUGAGCUGUCGGAUGAAGUGAGCCGGGACAGCACUAUGGGUUCGGACUCGGACACCUUCUCCUCUCCCUUCUGCUUGUCCCCCGUUAGCGAGGCCCUCUGUGAAAGCAGCGGCUCCGUCUUCCUGGACAACGAGAGCAGGGAGCUGUGCGAGGAAUCCAUGAACCACUCGGCCAGCUCUGCUUCAAGCCUGGACAGCCAUGCCCCCUCUGAGAGCAGCAGCCAGUCGCAGGGCAUGCGGUGGGAGGAGCAGCAGAAGCUCCUGGCUCUGGAGCAAUUGUGUGGAGUUUUCAGGGUCGACCUGGGUCACAUGAGGUCGUUGAGACUCUUCUUCAGCGACGAGGCCUGCACUAGUGGCCAGCUGGUGAUAGCUAGCAGAGAGAGCCAAUAUAAGAUCCUCCACUUUCAUCAUGCUGGCCUGGACAAGCUGGCUGAGGUGUUCCAGCAGUGGAAGUGCUGCAGAGAAACUCAGCUCAAAGACCAGGUGUCAGAUGAGAAGUCUUGCAUGCAGUUUUCCAUUCAGAGGCCCACCCUGCCAUCAGCCGAGACUCACCCAGAGGAGAGGCUUUAUCGAAGGCUGGAUGUCACCACUUGGCUACGUCACCUCAACCAGAACGGACAGGUGGAGGAGGAGUAUAAGCUACGCAAGGCCAUAUUUUUCGGUGGUAUCGACCCAUCCAUUCGUGGUGAGGUGUGGCCCUUCCUGCUGCACUACUACAGCUAUGACUCCUCUUCCCAAGAAAGGGAAGACUGGAGACUGCAAAAGCGUAGCCAGUACCAUGACAUCCAGCAGAGGAGGUUGUCCAUGAGCCCGGAGGAGCACAGUGAGUUCUGGAGAAAGGUCCAGUUCACGGUGGAUAAAGACGUGGUGAGAACUGACCGCAGCAACCACUUCUUUAGAGGAGAGAACAACCCGAAUGUGGAGAUCAUGAGGCGGAUUCUGCUCAACUAUGCAGUGUUUAAUCCUGACAUGGGCUACUGCCAGGGCAUGUCUGACCUGGUGGCCCCGCUGCUCACUGAGAUCCAGGAUGAAAGCGACACCUUCUGGUGCUUUGUCGGCCUCAUGGAGAACACCAUCUUCAUCAGCUCCCCGCGGGACGAAGACAUGGAGAGGCAGCUGAUGUACCUGCGGGAGCUGCUGCGCCUCAUGCUGCCACGUUUCCACCAGCACCUGACCAGGCUCGGGGAGGACGGCCUCCAACUCCUCUUCUGCCAUCGCUGGAUCCUGCUUUGCUUUAAGAGAGAGUUCCCCGACACCGAGGCCCUGCGCAUGUGGGAGGCGUGCUGGGCACACUACCAGACGGACUACUUCCACCUGUUCCUGUGUGUGGCCAUCAUUGUUCUCUAUGGGGAGGAUGUGACAGAGCAGCAGCUCGCUACUGACCAGAUGUUGCUGCACUUCAGCAAUCUCUCCAUGCACAUGAACGGAGAGCUGGUUCUGCGCAAGGCCCGCAGUCUACUCUACCAGUUCCGCCUGCUUCCCAGGAUCCCGUGCAGCCUUCACGACCUCUGUAAACUGUGCGGCCCAGGGAUGUGGGACAGCCGCUACAUCCCCGCCGUGGAGUGUUCGGGUGAACAUCCAGACUCGCAGAGCUGCCCCUAUGGAGGCACCUCCACCCCCCAGCCCUCCUCACCCUCCCCGUCAUCCACACCCUCACCAAACCUCACCCCGACACCUCCGCCGGAGGGCAAGAGAGGCUCUAAAACUCGAGACAUUUUCACCUUUCGGAAACAGACCUGAGGUGGAGGUUAUGAGGUGCUUUUGCUUGUCACCUUACAGCAAAUGUCUGGAUCCACCUGUCUCCUCUCCCUCUCUCUUUCUCUGUGUCUCCAUUGUCCAUGCUUCUAGUUUUACACUCUUAAAAAGGAUAUUUUGCCACACAUGGAGUAAUGUAGAACACUGCCUUACCAGAAUGUUGUUAUCAACAUUCAUUUCACAAGACUCCGUGAUGAGGAUUUGCUGUUGGAUGGAUCAGAGGUCAAGAAGCUGCUUUCCUCCAGGAGCAAAAUGGACAAUCACCAGCCUCUAUGUUGGCUGGAGCUACUUUCAGGUUCUAGUCUGCCGCUGGCUUGGCUUUCUUCCAGGGGCUUCGUGGGUAGGGGGUCACAUCAGGGUCCGAGGCAACUGGGCUGAAUUCUUGCGGACGCUGACCCAGGGUCAAAACAAACUGGAGAUUCAUUCACAGGAACUUGAACUUUACAUUUCGAACACUGUUCCCGUGUCCUGACUGUGGAAUAUUUGUCUGAGUAUCAAGUUUAUACAUGCAUAUCUCAAGUCUGAGCAGGACAUUUUUAACGUGAAACCCGAUCCUUUGGUGUUAACAGAGAGGCGUUAACCUACAUAUGAUGAAUUCGAAUGGAUUAGCGGUCUGUUUAAGUUUUGUUUGAUUUUUAAACAAAGUGAAUGUUUUGCGUUUAUAUCAACAGUUACAAAUAUUUAGCAAUAUUAUAUCCUUGCAUGAGCAGUUCUUUACAUAUAGAGGGCACAGCGUACAGUAAUUGUUUUUAGAAAACACAGAGGUAAGAAUGUGUUUACAGGACAAACACAUCCUGAGGGCUUUCUUGUAUUUCCUCAUCAGAUGAUGGGAAAGAACCUUCUCAUAGUUUCUCCUGAGGAGCCGGCGAAAAACAACAACAUUCUUCCUUCUGAGAAAGUCAGGCUGUCAUGUUACCUGUUGAGCAAUAGGAUAUUUUUUCUUUCCUUCCCGUUUUCACAUUAGCAUAAAAAAGUAAAUGAAAUGUAUUUUCUGCUCGAGGUGUCGAAUGGGUGUGACGCCAGAGAGAGCGCGGACGGCGGUUUUUAUCCAGACAGGAAAAACUGAUGACUUUCUCUCCUACUUGAAACUUCAUCUUCAUCUGUGUUGAACCAUGUUUAGACAGCCUUGUGAAAAAUUAUCAGCACAGUUUUUAGUCUGUUUCCCCCCCUCUCCUUCCAGAAGUCUUUCCACUUCACCUUAAAAUGAAUGACAACACUCAAGAAUCAGUCCACAUGAAUGUAUUUGUGUUUUUUUGUUUUGGUGUUUUGUUUUUUGCUUCGUCUCAGUCGACAACAGAAGUGUUAAAAUCUUUGAUAUAUGUGUAUGUGUGUGCGCGCGUGUGUAUGUGGAGACUCCGCUGCUAACAUCUGGAGAGUCACAGGAUGCCCUACCACCAGAUUAGCAGCAGCCACCCUGCAGAAAAAAACCUGGUAGAUAAAUUAGAAAGACAAGCCAGCCGCUUCAGCAGUUAGGCUUUGAGGAAGGAUGCAUGGUGAUCUUAAAUCAGACUUAAAGGCAAUCUCCACUUGGAAAACGUCCCUGAGACAUUUUGAACGACAGGCCUCUAAGUGAAAACAUCUUUAAAUUGUUGCUAAAACGCAACAUUAAGAACUUCAGUCUGGCUUUCUGCACCGCCCCCACGCCGCCGCACUUCCCCCCCUCUUUCGGUUCUCUGCAUCUCUCAGCAAGCAGCCUCAGUAAAUGACAUAUUAGUUAUCAUGUGCAGCUGUAUGCUGGAGAUGCCCGCAGAGUUUUAAAGAUGGGGAGGCUGCGGCGAAGUGAGCAAAGUCAGAAAAAUGGAAAAGCAACGGUCGGCGCGAAUGUGUGUGAGAGGGAGCUCAUGAAUUGUAUUAGCAUUGAAAUCACAUUUGUUUACACAGACACUACAAGUCACAAGCUUGAUUAAUGAACACUCCGAUUUCCAGGGGUGGUUGUUGUGAGUUGUGGUCACGAAUGUACAGCUGUUAAGCUCUAUGAUAUGUUGAUGCAUUAUUGUACACGUCACAGGGAAAAAAGAGCCUAUUCUUAUCAUUGGUAUCAUUGAAAAUGACUGAAAUAAAAUUACACUACUGCUUUCAUGAAGUUUUUUCAUGUUGUUUUGUUGAUUGAAAUAAUAUUUCAGUUUAUUUCAUUUUGGGGAUAAAUUGCUUUGAUCUGGGAGAAAAUAAAACAGAAAUAGGGUUUGCUGCAGUAGAGCCAGCAGUUUUCUGUAUAAAGAUAAAGAAAAUACUGAUAUUUAGUAUUUUUUUAAUGUAAUAAAUAUAAUUCAAAUAUCAAGAUUAUGCCCACAUGAAGCAAAAGAAAAAAUACCUAAUGUCUCAGCCAUGUAGAUAUUAUAGUGUAUUACUACUAAUACGACAUAUCCAGGCACAAUAUUUUCUUUAAGUAGUCUUCAGGAAAAGUUCU